AUGGCCAGCUCAGCCUACAGAGAGCAGCAACUCGCUACCCUCCGCCGUCUUGCUGCUGCUUAUGUAGAUAGACAGUUCUAUAAGGUGUUGGGGGUUGAACCCAGCAGCAGCAGCAACAGCAGCAACAGCAGCAGCAGCAGCAGCAGCAGCAACAGCAGCAGCAGCAGCAGCAGCAGCAGCAGCAGCAAGGAGGAUGAGAGCGACGCUGCUGUGACAGCAGCAAACAAAAAGAAAGCAGCAGACUUCCUUCUCUCCGGCAUCCUCAAUCAUUCCUAUGGGACAGUAGAGGGUGCUGCUGUUGUGAAGGAGCUGCAGCAGCUGGAGCAGCAGCUGCAUGCGCAGCAGCAGCCGCUAGCAGCAGCAGCACUGCGGUCUGCUUAUACAUCCUUCAUCAGCAGCAGCAGCAGCAGCAGCAGCAGCAGCAGCAGCAGCAAAGUGCAGCAGCUAGAUGAACGCUGCUGCCCGCUGCUGCUGCUGCUGCUGCUGUCCAGGAGAAGGCCAGCAGGCGAUGAAGACAAUACACAGGAAAUGCUGCUGCUGCAGCGCAACACACAGGCGGCUCAACCUGCUGCUCUUGCUGCUGCUGUUGCUGCUGCUGCAGUCGUCGCGGCUCAAAGGGCUGCUGCAGCAGCAGAGCGCAUGCGACAGGAAGCAGCAGCAAGGGAGGAUUUGCUGCUGCUGAUGCAGCAGCAGGACAAGCAAUAUAGAGACUCCCUUCGCAGCAGCAGAGCGCAUGCGACAGGAAGCAGCAGCAAGGGAGGAUUUGCUGCUGCUGAUGCAGCAGCAAGACAAGCAAUAUAG